GCGCAUGCGUGUUGAACAGAAGAAGACGGCUGCAAACGCAGAAUCUCGCGAGCGUUGAACUUUUGCAAGUUUUGCGUGUAUACCAUUAAAACCUUUAGCAUCUUGUUUUUGUCUAAAAUCAACAUAUAGCUGGAAGUCAGGAGGCUGUUACAGUGCCGCGGGAAAAUCUUUCGACUGAACAAGCGGAAAGAGAAAUGUAAAUAGUAUGGCUGCUGAUCAGUUUUGUCUCCGGUGGAAUAACUUCCAAAUUAACAUAACUUCAGCUUUGGAAAGCUUGAAGAGUGAUGAAGAUCUGGUGGAUGUGACACUAACAUGUGAUGGACAGAAUGUCAAGGCUCAUAAAGUGAUACUCUCAGCCUGUAGUCCUUACUUCAGGAAUGUUUUCAAGGAGAAUCCGUGCCAGCAUCCAGUGGUAAUACUUAAAGAUGUCCGAUAUGAAGAUGUACAGGCACUUCUGAGCUUCAUGUAUCAAGGUGAAGUUUACAUUUCACAAGAUAGGCUGGCACCAUUCCUUCAUACAGCAGAAUUGCUGCAAGUACGAGGUCUUGCAGGUGCUGCUAAUCCAUUCAGAGAAACACAGCAGCAGCAGCAGCAGCAGUCACCUGCACCACCACCACCGCCGCCACCACCAACAGCACUGCAACCUCAGGUGACCACAUCUCAUUCAAAGCAACGCAAACCAGUCUCCUUACCUUCAGUUCCACCCCCUGUUGCUCCACACCUCCACACACUUACUCGCCCAAGUUUACCGGCAUCACCAGCCUUUGUCACAUCUGAGCAGCCAGCUACAGUAUCACCAGAGUUACCAGUUCCUGUGAGUGUUUCACCUACUCUCUCUCAGCCAUCAAGCCCUCAGCACGAUGAUACUCCUGUACCACUGUCCAAAAGGCGCAAAGCAUUCCCGCGCCGCUUUGCAGUUACACCCGUACCACCACAGUUGUCCUCUCAGGAGGAAUUCUCUGCUCCUCCACAUCAGACUGCUUCACAGACUCCUGCAGUUCCAGACAGCCCACUGCAUGACCUGCCUGUCACAAUAAAAAAGGAACCAAUAUGUCAGGAUGAGGGGGAUAUACAGGAGGAACAGACUCUCAGGGGAAUGGAUGGGAAUGGCAGCCCGUCAGCAUCUGGUGCGUCGGAAGAUACAGACUGCUUUGGAAGCAAUUUGGGUGAUGAGGAUUCUCGUGGAGUGCCACUGAAGGAAGAAAGUAGAGGCUCACCUCCUCCAGCCUCUCAGCAACAGAGCAUGCUCAUGCGGUCAUUGUCUGGGGCACCACCACAGCAUACUUCUGUGCCUGAAGGCUGCGGCUUUCCCGAAGAAGCCCAGCUGCGCAUGCGCGCUUCGUGGUGGCGACGACUCCUGUGGCUGCAACAGACUGCUGGUGCGCCCGCCGCGGCCGCUGAAGAUCCAGCCGCAGGGGCCGCGAGUCGUCUGCCACCAGUUUCCCGGAGUCGACCCGCUGCACCCCGUCGGCGACGUCUGCUCCUGCGGCCACAAGUUUGUAAGUACGGCCGGCGCUCUCCUCAAACCUGUCCACCUGUCUCGCACUUCGUCGUCGCGGCACACAAAUCUCUACCACUUCUGAGGAUUGCUCAGUAG